UGCAUUUCAUUUAGAAGACACAGAGAGAGGAAGAGAGAAGGGACAAGAAGGAAUCCUGCCUGGGCUGCGAAUCUGACUUACCCUCAAAAGAGGUGUUCUGAAUCCUGGUUGUUUAAAUUCGACCUUCGCUUCUAACUGAGAACCACUGGACUUUGAAGAAACUCUGCCUCUGAAUUUCCAUACCGAUUAGUCAACAGUGGAAAAUCUGAAGAGAUGCGAGCAGGAGAAAGAAAUUAAACCAGGCCUGAAGAGCGAUGCAACAGGCAUGAUGGAGGUCGAGUCCUCCUACUCGGACUUCAUCUCCUGUGACCGGACGGGCCGUCGGAACGCGGUUCCUGACAUCCAGGGAGACUCGGAGGCCGUGAGCGUGAGGAAGCUAGCCGGAGACAUGGGCGAGCUGGCGCUUGAGGGGGCAGAAGGACAGGCGGAGGCAGACACCCCAGACAAGGAAGCUAGCAGCCAGCCUGAGAGCAACGACGGGACCACCUCAUCUUGAGCCUGACCUGACCCAAGAAGGCUGGAAGAGAGACCUGCUGUCCCCACCUGGACGGGGAGCCCUGGCCCUGGCCCGGCAGCCCCUUCUCUGAGCCCCGUGUCCCAGCCCAGCACGGCGAGACUGAAAGGCGUCCCCCAGAGGCCGACGUGGCCCUGACCCUUCGAAGGCCCUCUGCCAUGCUCCCAUCACCUCCUCCCCGUGCCCAGGUACACUUUCAAGACACUGUAAUCACAGGAUGUUAUUUAUUCAGUGGGCGCCGGGACUCAGGGGCUGGGCCCUGCCCACCCAAGAACGCUCCUCUCAUGGGCGGCCUGGGCAGGGACCACAUCCCCGCUCUGCCCUCUUUUCCAACCCCAGCCUUCUAGGUCAAGGUAGACCUUUUGAUCCCUUUUUUUAAAAACCACUUUUAAACUUUUAAAUCUGUUUCAGCAGAGAGGGAAGGAGCUGACAAUCAAUUGACUUUUUGGGGGGAAGCCAAGCUAAACUCUUUGACCAUCUAUGCAGCUCUGAGGUUCCCUCAUGGAGCUUCACAGAUCCACUUUUAGGGAAGGGAUUUUUGUGCUCCAAACUACCUGAUCAACUCUUUGCCCUGUCUUUCUACCAAGACAAGUAACACCUGGGACCCAGGAAAUAAAUGCUGAUGAUUUGUGUGA